AUGUCGCCAAACACUCCAGGCCCGAGCAGGGCUUUGGAGAUCCAAGUACCAUGUAUCGUCUUCUUGAUCAUCACACCGGCUUUCGUGGCGAUUCGGCUUUGGUCCCGAUUCAUUUCGAAGUCGGGCCUGGGCUGGGACGAUUGGACUAUUCUAGCAUCUACCAUGUUCGCGAUUAUUGUCAUGGCAUUCAUGCUCGCGUCCUGUACUUACGGUUUUGGACAACACAUCAAAAAUCUCACAAGACCUAAUCGACUAAUGACCUUGAAGCUCUUUUUCGUCAGUCAAGCUUUUUAUAAGCUCACCAUGAACACCACCAAAAUGUCUAUACUCAUGCUAUACCUCCGGAUUUUCAUCCAGCGCUGGUUCCGCAUUACCUGUUACGUGCUCUUGGUUAUUAUUGCCUCUUAUAUGGUGGCCGCCUUCUUUGCAUCUGUAUUCCAAUGCACUCCAGUGACACGAGCCUGGGACAAAACUAUCGCAGGAUCAUGCAUUGACAUCACCACCAAUUGGUACGCCAACGCCGGCUUUUCCAUCGCGACCGACAUCAUCAUAUUGGCGCUGCCGAUGUAUCCGAUAUACAAAUCGAAAAUACCGCUGAAACGGAAAGUCGCUCUGAUGAUUGUGUUUGCCCUCGGCGUCUUUGUCGCCGUUACGAGCAUCAUCCGGAUGCAGACUCUCAACUUUUCGUCCACCAGUCCCGAUACUACCUACGAUAUUGCCUCCUCAGUAUGGACGAUAACCGAGGAAAAUGUCGCGAUAAUUUGCGCCUGUCUACCAAUGAUGUGGGCGCCGCUUGCCAGGCUCUUUCCCUCCGUCUUUUCGACAAGUAAAGCAGCCGAUAGCCAUGUUAGCUUGGCUGUCAGAAGCUCAGGUCAUAACAGCACCUCUCGGCCCCGAAGUGAUUGGACCCAGCUUCAUGGGAGCUCCCAUGACAUAGGCGAGAGCGGCAUUAAUCAAAUCAGCGAUUCCCAAAAUCGCUCCUCGGAGGAUAGCAUGGGCCAAAUCCUUCCACCUGCUCAGAGCAGCGAAGUUCGACAUCAAGAUGCAAACCGCAUCCAAAAGGUCAUGGAGUAUCAAGUUUCGUAUUCCAGCACAAAAUCGCCUUCAGGUUAG